AUGACCUGGGACACCAAGUUACCCGGCAAGACAACAAGAAAGACACCUAUUGUCCCAGAGCACAAGGAAUAUGUGGUACCGGGACAGAGAGAUGCUGGUCUAGUGCUGCCUGUGAAUGUUUGGAAGGAGAUGAGACUCACGGAGUUGGAGCAGACCACUUUGCGCAUCCCAAAGACAUGUUGGCAGCCUUCCUAUAUUCCCCCGAUAAAUUGCAUGAUCAGUUAUGCUGUCACGGUAGGCAUAGGGGGUACCCAAGUUCUGACAGGUCUUGUCUUGGUUGAAGAAGAAAAGCAGAUUAUACAUCAAACUUUCAAGUUUGAUCCUAAUGACCUAGGGAAUGAGGAAGAAUACACAUCUAAGCUGAGAUUCAAGUCUGUAUUCAAUUUGUCUGCUCAGCUGAAGGAAAGCAUUGCGAGUGACAGGGAACAAUAG